CACGCACAUAACUUUAUGCCAGCUGGAUCCUGUGGUAUAUUUCUACCUAACAAGUUCAAGUACGAGUUCGGUCGAAAAAACUACAUCUGUUUAUCUGUUUUCAAAGAUCUCGAAAUAAGAGCAGGUCCAGUAGCUUUGGUUUAUUUUGUAGCACCAGGCGAACAAGAUCGCGACAUUCUUUAUUUUUUGCUUUUGUAGUGGAUCAGAUCAACUUUUCUGUUUGGUAAGAUGUUGACGUGACACCAUUUUUUGUAUGAUUUGUGGCGUUAUUGUCCGAUAGUGAUGAUUGCAAUCGUGCGUAAAAAAAGCUCUAUGGAGAUCUAGCUGAUCAUCUGCGCGAAAGCUGUAGCAGGUUCUGUGAUCAUUCCAUCUGCUGCCCAAGGACAAGGAGGACAAGUUGUGUAGUGGUCAAUAGAAUUCUGAGUGGCUGGCGCUUCUGGUGCCCGAGUCUGCAUUUACCACAAUCACCACGAAGACGGUCGGACCUACCGCCGUCCACUACAUCAUGACGCUUUUUUCUUCCGGCUCGCCUGCGUCAAAUUUAAACGACAGGCAUUUUCGUCUCGUCGCUUGGGAAGUACUUCGUCCCGACCGAGCGAAACAACGACACCGCACCGAUCAUUUUCGUUUUCGGCCAAAGAACUACGCUAAAAUGUUCUCCGACGACGGUUGUUGUACUAGCGGCACUACUUCGACGUGUCGGUCAGAAUCGAGAUUAUUUCGUCGCCGAAUUAUGCCAUCGCGAGAUAAAGCUGCUGUCGCCUACUUUGUGUCCAUUUUCCUCCUCUGCGCCACGAUUUUCAGCCUGCUCACGUGGUCUUCCAUCCUCGGUGGCGAGAAUGGAGAGCAACAGUCUCUGGGCCGUCUUUUUCUUUUCGCCCGAGCGGAUGCAGGCGUUAUUGAACAACAUGUGCAACUAGUACCUCCCCGUCGUGGUGAAGGUGACAAGCACUUUUCCGGACAGGCAGCGGGUACCAGCACAGCACCUCCUGAUCAGGAAGUGGACCCUGCUGAGUCAACACGUCAAGCAAGCGUCGACGGAUUUUCACCGCCUUUCGUGGACGGAGGUGAAGAGGAACUACUGCGGAGGACGCUUCCCACUACCACUACGUCUGCGCUUCCACCACAAGAAAGUAGUGAAGAGGUGGCGCAACAGGCGCUGGAAGGUCGUCCUGAAACCGAGACGUGUCUCCUCGCCGGCGAAGGAGGUGUUUCAUCCACUACUUCCGAGAACCCACAACAGAUUUGUUACUUGCACGAUCCCAUGCUGCACAAAGACUCUAAUUCACGGAAGGACACCAUCGCGGAAACCCCGGACUUGAUGCAGAUCCGAUUUUUUGAGCAGGAAAAAUUUUCGGAGGAAGUGGAACUUUCGUCUGAAAAUGAAGAAGUCUUGGAAAAAUUUAUUGCUCACCGUGCAGGUAGUGGUGGUCCUGCAGCUAACGAGGAGGAUACCACCAGGACCGGUACUACAACUGCGGCAUUGACUUCUGCAGGUCCACGACCCAAAUCUCCCGGCGCCACGAGGACGACCACGUCCGGCACGUCUUUUUCAACGGAGCCAGAAAUGCUGAAGCCGGAAUCGCCGCACGUCGAGAAUAAAGCCAACUGGUCCACCGUAUGAACUGCAAAAGUAUCGUACUCGUAUAAAUGCAUUACAAAUUUGCGCAGCAUCAAAAAUAAGAUUUGUCAUGUUGAUAUACCUGUAGGAAAAAUAUUUGUAAUGCAAGACUUGCAUUUAUACGAAUGCGAUACUACUUUCGCACAGGAUACACUGUUGUCGGAUACGAUUUUCUCCUCCGCGAUGUGGACCGGUGCGACUUAUGAACUGCAAAAGUAUCGUACUCGUAUAAACGCAUUACAAAUUUCCUCAGCAUGAGAAAGGAAAUUUGUAAUGCUGAUUUACCUGAAGGAAAAAAUUUGUAAUGCAUGAUUGCAAUUACUACGAGUGCGAUACUUUUGCACAGGAUACGACUGGGAAAAGAUCGACGUCUCGAGUCCAGAUUUUGACCCCGCCCGCUUGGACUUAUGCAAGACAAAUUUACAACCGACGUGACCGUACAUGUAGCACAAAUGAAAUGGAUUAUAGUGAUGUCGGAUGAAGACAAUUUAUUGUUGCCAACCUGAAGGAGCAUGAGACUUGUCAUGCGGAAUAUGAUUUACUGAAGUUCUUGUACAAGAACAGUUUCGUUUCCAUGCAUUGAUUAUCUACCGCCGGAACGUCUACGGUUUCCUCGAUUUAUAUGGAUGUGUCAGAGUUGAAAUCGACAAAGUUGAAAUAAUUUGUCAUGCAUAAAACGGACGCCAUUUGGAACCCAGUUUCCAAGUGGCGCAUGACAAAUUUCGGUGGUUAGUAAAUCCAGUUUGUCAUGCUGUUUAGGCAAAGAAGAGUGAUUUUCUCAUGCUACUUUAGCAGCUCGAGCUGUAGCCCCCAACAGGCUUACAAUCGGCCUCACUUGCCUGCUCUGCAACACACGUGCCUCGGGUCAUGCAUUUUAUGCAUUACAAAUUAUUUCAACUUUGACGAUUUCAAACCUGACGCUUCCAUAAUUUAUUCAUUUGGAUAAAGCUGGUCCAAUAAACCCUACAUGUUCACGAACUACCGUAUGGAACUGUCAGGAUCGAAAUUGAUAAAAUCGAAAAACUUGUGAUGCAUAAAAUGCAUGACGCGAAAUACGUGUGUUUCAGAGCAGGCAAGUGAGGCCGAUUGUAAGCCUGUUUGGGGUUAUAGCUCGAGCUGCUGAAGCAGCAUGAGAGAAUCAGUCUUCUUUGCCUAAACAGCAUCACAAACUGGAUUUAGGUAUCACCAGAAUUUGUCAUGCGCCGCUUAGAAACUGGGUUCGAACUGGAAUCCAUUUUAUGCAUGACAAAUCAUUUCGAUUUUGUCAAUUUCGAUUCUGGCACUUCCAUAUACCGACUCAACCACGCCCUGAAGGCGAAGACGCAGAAGCACAGGAUGCUGCGCGAGUUCGGAGAUAAGCAGGUGAUUCUGUCCAACGCGGUUACUUACUCGCACGACAAGAAGUACAUGAGCUUCGCGGAGUAUUUGAAAACCUUCGAGAGGCUGCCAUCGCUCGAUCACUAUCCUGUGCAAAAGUAUCGCACUCGUAGUAAUUGCAGUCAUGCAUUACAAAUCUCUCUCUCAAGGCAAAUCAGCAUUACAAAUUUCAUUUCUCACGCUGAGAAGAUUUGUAAUGCAUUUAUACGAGUGCGAUACUUUUGCAGUGCAUAAUCACGAGCUGCAGAAAAAUGCUAGCACCACCUGGUUACGCAUUUAAAAUAUGUCUGGGGGCGGAGCUUGUAUAAGUAACGGUUGCUGCCACUUUUGCAGAAUGGCUGCUUGUACGGCAUAACAGUAAUUAGAAGUUUUCCUCAGCUUGAGCUUCUUUCGGAUUCAUUCGCAUUUAGCAUUACAAACUACCUCCAUACAGCACGACAACAAAAUUGUCCAAUCGCAUUAGGGCAUAUACAGAUCAUUCACCUGCUGUCCUUGAAGUCCCGCUCCCGCAUCACAAAUCCAGAGGACGACCCAGACAUAUUUGCAAUCCAUACUGGUACCUGUGCGGCGACAAUUUUUGGCCCGAGUUACUGGACGAGUACGUGUAUCCCACGCAAAAGUUGCAUCGUACUAGUAGAAAGCGCACGACAAGUUUCUGUUUCUCUAGCAGGAGAAUCGAAUUUGUAAUGCGCGUCUACCUUCAGAAAGAGGUUUGGAAUGCCAAUGCCUGCUUGCAAUUAGAAUUACUAGUAACGGGUUCUACAACUUCUACGAUGCUUUUGCAUUGCAUAACGUGCGCCCGUCGUGGCUGCCCAACAGUGAGCAUGGCGCCCUGGCUUUCGGGAUCGGGCGGACGGGGUCCGGCAUCCCGUUGCACCGGCACGGAGGGGCCCUGCUCGAAGUGACAAAUGGACUAAGAUAGUGGACAACUCCGAACACCCCCUUGAUGGUCCCCUCCUCACUUGUCAUGCAAAAUCGGCAUAAGUCUUGGUAGUUUGCUAUUGGACAGUAUUUGCAUAUACAAGUUCGUCCAGGACCGGAUGAAUCCCAAUAAACCGCGCUAUUGUCCGGACGUCAAUUUGUCCGGUAGUUGCUGCAUUUUUCCGGACCUCUUUCUGUCGCUGAAGAUGCUGUAGUACAAAGGAGAGGAAGUAGUGGGUGCCGAGAAGUUCUUGUCCACUUUCAUACCGGCGCAAGCGCUGGUUUGUCGCGCCGACCAGCUCGGAGGUGAAGCGAAAAGGAAUUCCGGCCGCCCACGCAAGAGCUGCAGCUGCAGCCCAUAGUACUACGGAGGUGUCCGCCAGCACGUCUUCAAAAAUCGAGGAUGUCGAACUGUUGAUAAAGACGCCUACAACUUCAUCCACGCAGGAUGGCACAAACUUGCUUUCAGUCGGGAUCGAAAAUAUCGUGGGCGCGAGAUCAGUGCAGGAGUCGACUGGUGACAGUACAGAACAGGUGGACCUCCUGGAACAUGUUUCUCCUGCUCCCAGCCGCACUUCCCCGUCAACAGCAGCAGCAGCAGCGCACCGGAAAGAACUGGCGAGAACGGGGCGACGCGGAGGAGCUAGGCGACACGGCGGGUCAACCGAGUCUGAUCUUUUCGACGUUGCGAUGAACAGUGGGGACUUGGCUGGAGGAGUCGUCGCUUCCGCGACGAAACAAGACCAAGAGGAUCUACAACUUCAGGAUCACAAGAUCAACUCGAUGAAAGCUGCAAAAACCACUUCUACCAAGCAGGACAAUCUGAAUCCCCAAGGACAUCGACACGUGGAAAAGAAACCCCUUUUCACCUCCUCCGCUGCAAAUAGCAAACCCGUCGAUCCUAUGCAUUGCAAAUAUGUCUAGGUCUGGAAGGAUGCAACUUGUGAUGCUGCAGUUGGAUUCCAAAAAAAUCUGUAUUGCAUGAGCAGCAAAGGGAGUGCAAUUUUUCCUGCGCGGAGAAGGCAUUUGUCAUGCGGAAUAUGCAUCAAGAAGCCCUCAAAAAAUCUGUGAUGCUAGGGCACGCGUCACAGAUAUCAUGACUCAUGCAAAACGUGCAUGACAAGUCUCAGAAUCUUCCAGAAUCAGACAUAUUUGCAAUUGAUAGAUGCACCCUUCGACCCGGAAAAGUCGAGCUUCAACUGGUUCUACGACCAAGAAGAUAAAGACUCCGCUAUCCUGUGGAAAUAAAACGUGCCCACGACAGUAAAUUUGUCAUGCGGAUUGUCAUAUGAAGCAAGUGCAAGUCUGGUUGCAUGCUGGUAGGCAUGGAGGGCCUUUUUAACAACUCGUGUUGCUCUUUCGCAAUUUGCCAACCUCCAUCAAUCAGAAUAUAGAAAAUGUAGCGAAGUCUUCAUCGAUAAAAAGCACGAAGAGAAGACCGCACUGCAUCGGGUUCAGGCUUGUCCUACGCAGUUUGCAAAUCAAUUUUCGAACCUGCGUAGCCGUAGCAGAUUUUCCCAGAUCUUCCAUCUGAAACGGGUACAGGCACGCUUUUCUCCAGGAUACUGGCGACGAUUCAAAUGUGCACGCAAAAUGAAGACGAAGCAUUGUGGCUACCCGACGACUGGUGGCACUCGACUCUGAACAUCGGCUAUCGUAUAGGAAAAACUGCUUCAGUUGUGGUAACUUUCGGAUUCGAAAAUGCAGCAUGUCCUGCAGCACAGAAGUUGAGAUGGGUUUGUCUCCGUCUUGCUAGGAAUGCAAAACAGCGGAUUUUAAGCUGCGAAGUUUUCCCUUAGGCGGAACAAGGACCUCGUUGGGCAGUCCAACCUUUAUAAUUUCAUGCAAAACCAAAAUCGGUUAACAUCAGUGAAAUAGCAGUUUUUUCGUACGAUAGCCGCGAAACGGUCUUUUGGCUGCUCUUCACCUGAGGUAUGGGCGGAGCGAAUCUUUGGUCCAGGGUAACGAGCAACUGUUUUUGUCAAUGUAUACCUGCACUCCAGCUUCCUGCACAUGCACCAUCUUCGCUUUUGUGCAUGACAAAAAACCUCCUUUGACGCAGUUCCAAAAAGAAGUACAACUAGUUUGUGAUGCUGAAGUAUAAUACUGCAGCACCAGCAGACGUAGUUGGAGCUGCAUCUGCGGCGCGCCAGAAAAAACUGUAGACUACACGAUUACCGUCGAUACCGGAUCUGUAGAACACAUACGAAGGAUUGCAAGAUUUCUGCGGUCUGAUGUUGUGCUUUUGUUUUGUGUAGUGUUGCAUGUUCUUUCCAGCACCACUUAAGCACGCCCGUUGGACGUCGAGCAACAUAACCU